GAGAGGGAGGAGGCCAGGAUCAGUCGGGUGAUGUGAUGAUGGGAGGGUUGUGAAAAUUCUCAGUAGGUACGUACAACAUACUCGAGGGCUGCUGAUGGCUGGUUGGCAUACUCGAGGCCAGGACAUACACACGUUAUUAGAGGAAGCAGCAGCAGCAGCAGCAGUGUGGAGUAGUAUAGGGAAGCAUGGUUCCGUCGUUGUUGUCGGCACGGCUUGCAUGACGGCUAGUGUGCCCGAGACAUCGCCAGUAGUAGUGCGAAAGAGUGAGACCGAGCUAGAUCAGCAGCAGCAGUAGCAGCGACUUUCUGCAUGUUAAAUAAAAAGUUCAAAUAUCGAUUUUUCAGUGCCAUAUCCUGGAUUCUCAUUUUUUCGGUCGGUUUCCUGAGUGUUUUGUGCGGACAGUGCUGUUGAUUGCGGUUGAUUUUUAGUGUGUUUCUUCGGGAAAUCUGACCUGUGACCAGAUUCUCUCCAGGAAAGAAGUGUGAGAACCAGAAACCAUUAGUCAAGUUUUCGUCUGUAGACUCAGCUGGCACAGCUGGAAAAAUUAAGAAAAAACUUCAUAGUGUCGUCGUUAUGAAUACCAGCCGGAGGAGAAAGGACACUCGGAAGUUAGUGCCAACACGGGUGCUCGGCAAGGAUGUGCAACAGAGGGAUUCGAUGUUCAAUGUGUUGGAAAGAUAACUGAGUGAAGGAUCUAGACUGCAAAGUGGUUGACUGGAGGACUAUUUUUUUUCUGUGCGACAAGAAUUUUCGUUCGAUAAAAGAGAACGCCCACUGAAUCUAGACACUGGAUAAUUGAAGAUAAAUAAUUGGCAAGCGAAUUCGGCGAAGUGAAUUCUUCUGGCAAUUAGUGCUUUUCACAAUAAAAUAUGGUCAGUUCAACCAUCACGCUAGAUAAGAAAUCAUCGUCAUCAUCCUCAUCGGCAGCAGCAGCUUCAACGGCACAGGCUUCCGCUGAGCAGAACAGCAACAGCAUUAUCUCAAUACCGCUAAACGCUACCGCAAGCACCAGCAACGGCACCAACUGCAGCGAUUCGUCAGCGUCGACGGUGGCUUCAGCUUUAGGUCUAAGUGAGCAAAAGAUUUCGGUACUCUUUCCAAAAUGCAAACCCAGGGCAGCUGAGCACUAUCCAACAAACGCAUCAAGUGGCAUUCUAAACAGCAACAGCAGCAGCAACAACAACAAUAACAAUAAUAAAAAUAGUAUGAGCACAAUUACGAGCAACAGCAAGUCGGACAUCACUGGCACAUCGUCGUCACUAACUACGCCCACUUCGCUUACGUCUUCUUCCUACACUUUCAACAGCACAGCUUACGGAAUGGAGAACAGUACGUUCCGUGGUAACGGUGGCAAUGGUGGCAUUUCCGGUACGGGUGCAGGAUAUGAUUUAUUAGGAAGUCGGCCAGAACUUAGUUCGAGAUUGAAUAACAACCAAUAUGAGAGCAGCCGCAUUAACCGGCACACGAACUCGGUAGACAAGUAUAGCUUCUACUACAAUAGCCAACCACCUCCUCUGUCGACAUCUCCAACGGAGAACAAUGCCAAUGCCGGUGGUAGCAGCCAGUUUCUUCCGUCAGACGAUGAAGAAGAUGAAAAUGAUCUGCGAAAGGAUAGCUACCCACGGCACAGCUAUUACACCAACCGCCAAUCGCACUACUACAAUCUUCCAAAGCAAGACCCGGGGACACCCAGUAGCUCUCGGUACCACUGGGACCUAUCAUCUAGCAGUGCUCUUUCCUAUUCGACACCCAUCUCGUCCACGAUAACGUCCACCACCGGUGGAAAGCGUCCUUCGAUUAAAUCGUCCUACACCAAGGUGCUGCAGUCCCCACUAGAGGACGAAAGUGACAUCGAGGACAAGCUGAAGUACUUCAAUUAUCAAAACGAGAUGCACAUCAGUAGCACGAAUGUGGCCCACAUGGUCACCGCCAGUGAAAAGCCUAGUGGAAUUUAUAGCAAUUACAAGACUAACGAAAUGAUUGUCUUCAACGAUAUUGACGAAGAACGACGGCGUGUGCAGCAGCAACAGCGCCAGGAAAACGACCAUAAACACAGUACUGCCGGUGCCGGUGCGGGAUUGCAUGUGUCGGCCACUGUCGACGAUCCGGACGACGGGAUUAGUCUGCAUCGUCGGAACCAGCCACUGCAGGAUACUAUUGGUGGUGGUGGCGGCGAGGGAAGCAACUGUAACGAGACCAGCAGUGCGCACAAAACGGCAACGGCACCGGUGUCCAAUUCAGGAUCGAAUAUUAUGGAGUACGAUGGAUCCCCUCGGCGGUUCGGGCUAAGUUUGAAUGAGGACAACUCGUCCUACUACAUGUCGUCCAACUACAAGCUAAACCUGACAUCCCCAUCGCUACUGACACCGCCACGUCCAGGCUUCCCGCAGCGUGUGAUACCGCAGCCAGCGAAUACGAGUAAUACGAGUGCUGCCACGACUCCUACCCCGACCAGCAAUAGCAAUAGUCACUAUCCGUACCACCCGACGCGGUCUCCCACGUUACUGGAGCAGGUCAGUUCGGGGCUGAACAGUUCGGUCACGUUCGAUGCCAAUGCUUUGCUGAGCGAAUUUGAUGCCAAACGGGCUGCCGUCAAUGCCAGUACGAUCAGCAUCAACAGCACACCGGUGGCGAUGGAUUCGACAUCGGAGACGAACAAGCUCAACGUGAUACGGUUGGACAGUGACUACCGCAGUGAGGACCCGGGACAUCAGGAGGAGAUCCCCACGAAACGGUCCACGCCGGACAUUAAACCAUCGCUGGGACUGACUUCGACUACGGCCGACGAUAAUCCAACGUUCGGUGCGGGCUCUUUCACGACGCCCAUCACUGCCUCGUCGACGUUCGACUAUCUGUACGAGUUUUCUGAAACGCGAAAGGUGCUGGAGGAGUUCUUCAAGUGUCCUACCACCGAGGAUGUGGAGAAGGCGUUCGAGAAGUUUAGCGACUAUAACGAAAGCGGAGAUGACGUCGAGAGUUUGGACAUCCAUUAUGAGUAUCCGGUUGAGCUGGAUGGAAAAGCACUGGAGACGACCUACAUCGGUGCGGCUACCGUCACGGAGCAGCAGAAACCAAUGACGACACUGACCGGUACCGGCGGCAGUAUCAGACAGCAGCAGGACAUCAGUGCGGCAAUUGCAUCUCGCAAAUCACCAACCAAUAACAAUAAUAGCGACGCCGAUGGGGAUGGCGAUGAUGACGAUGUUUGUGAGGAAUUGGAAGAAGGCGAAGAAGAAGGUGAGGAGGAUGACGAAGACGACGACGACGAUGACGCCGAAGGUGGGAUUGGUAGUAAUCUGAAGUACAUGAUCAACGUCAAGAGCAAACCAAGAAUCAAAAACGGUUACACCAGCUUCCGGAAGAAGAAACAGGAAAAGAAACUCGCGGGCGUUGGUUCGAACGUUCUAGCCGGAAUAGUUACCGUUAGUGGCGAAAAUGAUGACGAUAACGAUGGAGAGGAUGAAGAAGAAAUAGAUAUUUAUAGUGCGAAUCAUCAUCAUCAUAGUUUCCUCCACCACCAACAGCAGCAACAACGACUACAGCAACAAUCUCAGGAACAGCAGCAGCAGCAACAACAUCUGAGCAAUGUGCGGCAGCACGUGAUGCUACAGCAUCAACAGCAACCGCAGCAGUAUCAGGAACACGAAAGACAUUUUAGCCUGUACUUGGAUCCCGGAAGCCGUGCCAGCAGUUGUGAUGUGAUUAAUGAAAGUAAUCUCGACUCGACGCAGUUCAUUGCGAACGGAAACGGGAUGAAAAUGAAGAGCAACGGCGGCGGUGGUGGGGGUUCUGGAAACGGCAAAAAGCCGUUGACUCGUCGUCAUAGUAAAAACUUCAACUAUUCCCCGGAUACUACCGAUUACGAGAGCAACUGCGGCGAUUACGAUAGCGAGAUCUCUCUCAAGUACGGCAGCGAGUAUGGUAUGAUGGCUAACGGUGGUAGUGAUAUGAUGUGUGACGAUCUGAAUAAUGGUGUCAUAAGUGCAUCCACUGGGAUCAACUCUUCCACGAUGAUUGAUAAUGGAGUAAAUACGGCAGCGGUUGGCAACGCCAGUAACUAUGCACGCUAUUACACUAGCAUGCCGGUUCUCGAGGAUGGGCUUUCGAGUGGCCACGUUUCUGAUACGGAAAAUAAUAAUCCCGGCAUUUUACCAACACCGGAUUUGAUCAACAGCAGCCAUAAACUGCAACAGGCCACCAAUUCGUACAACUUGCUAACGUCUCCUACGAGUCACUCGUUGAAACCGAUGAGCUCGUCGCCUGUGAUAGGAAAUCAUAAUAAUAAUCUGGAUGGGCUGUACGGUAGCAACGGGUUCCGCAUGAACGGUACUCCCGGAGGGCUUAAUUCGAGCACCUUGCAGAACAAUAAGAUCUUCAAAAAUCGUGAUCCGGAACUGGAGUCUUUGUAUACUAUCAACACCAUCCAAUCUACUCCCCCGCCGCCAGCACCGGCUCCUCAUAGGAAAUCCUCCAUCGAUUGUGACGCGCAGACAACACUGCAGCAGUUGCACAAUCAACAACAGGCUACUUCCGAUGUCCAGGCGGCUCUCAAAGAUAUACGAACCUGCCUGCAACGCAACAAAACGCUUGCAUCAUCUCCCACACAACCCCAACCGGGAUGCCUGUCAUCUCAACAACAACAACCUCAUCAGCAGAAAAACUACGACAAACAUUCGAUGUUACCAUCGGACAAGCUGGACUCUCCAGUUCCGUCCAUAUCUCCGGUGUGGAUACCACGCUCGAGGGAUAGCAAGCUGGUAGCCAUAUCACCCACUACCGUGAUCAAUUCUUCACCCGGACUGUUGCUACCGACGACACCGACUACGGGUGGACCAACUGAACGGUCGACCAACUUGUCCACUGAGAAGGACUCGCUACUGCAUGGAAACAGUGCAAAGAAUUUAAGUGCUCUUGACGAUGACGAAGAUCCGGAUACGGACUUGGAGACUGAUCGAUUGCUAGGUCAUCAGAGGUUGGAUGACCAGGGCUUCUACGACGACAACAGCAAGAGUUGGACUGACCGAAAGACUCGCUCUUUAUUGCACAAAUUAUCUCCUAAGCAGCAGAUAGGUUCCGUAGGAGCCAAUGGUGGAACUUCCCUAUACGGAAGCAAACCCAACAACCAGGGAUCUUUGCUACGGCAAGGUCUCUCGACGUUACUGUCACCGGCCAGUGUGGUAACGGUUGCUCAACCAGCCAGCUCACUACCGGAAAUUGUCACAUCCAGUAAGGCCUCCCCAGGACUAUUGGGCAGUGUACAGAAUCAGAACUGUAGUAAUAUGAAUAGUAGUGUGAAUAGUGGAAAUUUGAUCAAUCUCAAUGGUCCGAACGAGACGAGUCCGGUUUCGCCGGAUCACAGCCUUCAGACGUCACCAAUCAAAAUGGAAAACAAGACCACUGAGAGCGCGAGUCCCGGUGGAUCUAACAACUCUAAAUCCGACACGGACAAGAAGAAGAAGGGCAAGAAUAAGGAAGGUGAGUUCCUUAUCGAGGGAGUUCUCUUCCGAGCCAGAUACCUGGGGUCUACCCAAUUGGUGUGCGAAGGUCAGCCGACCAAAUCUACACGAAUGAUGCAAGCCGAAGAAGCAGUAUCUAGAAUCAAGUCUCCCGAUGGCGAACCACAGCCCAGUACCGAGGUGGAUCUUUUCAUAUCAACGGAAAAAAUCAUGGUGCUGAACACGGAUUUGAAGGAGAUUAUGAUGGAUCAUGCCCUGCGAACGAUCUCGUACAUAGCGGAUAUCGGCGAUCUGGUGGUGCUGAUGGCUCGAAGACGAUUUGUGCCUCAGGAUGUUGAUUCCGGGGAUUCCGGAGGGGGUGGUAAUGCAAAUGGAACGAACCAGUCCGGUACAAACCAGACCGGCUCGACUCCAACGCAGAAGACUGCCGGUGGACCGAAGGGUAACCGGACACCGAAGAUGAUUUGCCAUGUAUUCGAAAGCGAAGAAGCGCAGUUCAUAGCUCAAUCGAUUGGACAAGCAUUCCAGGUGGCCUAUAUGGAGUUCUUGAAGGCAAACGGAAUUGAAGAUCACAGCUUUAUGAAGGAGAUGGAUUAUCAGGAAGUGCUCAACAGUCAGGAAAUAUUCGGCGACGAGUUGGAGAUCUUUGCCAAGAAAGAACUGCAGAAGGAAGUGGUUGUUCCGAAGGCAAAGGGUGAGAUAUUGGGAGUGGUGAUUGUUGAAUCCGGCUGGGGUUCUAUGCUACCGACGGUAGUGAUUGCCAAUUUGGCAUCGUCCGGCGCCGCUGCCCGGUGCGGUCAGUUGAACAUUGGCGAUCAGAUCAUUGCCAUCAAUGGGCUGAGUUUGGUUGGGUUGCCACUGUCCACUUGUCAGAGUUACAUUAAAAAUACGAAAAAUCAGACUGUGGUCAAAUUUACCGUAGUUCCUUGUGCCCCGGUCGUGGAGGUGAAGAUCAAACGACCCAACACCAAGUAUCAGCUGGGAUUUAGCGUGCAAAAUGGAGUGAUUUGCAGUUUACUGCGCGGUGGAAUUGCCGAACGAGGAGGAGUUCGUGUUGGGCAUAGGAUCAUCGAGAUCAACAACCAAAGCGUGGUAGCUGUUCCACAUGAAAAAAUUGUGAACCUUUUGGCUACUUCCGUUGGGGAGAUCCUGAUGAAAACCAUGCCAACGUCCAUGUUCCGUCUGCUUACCGGCCAGGAGAAUCCGGUCUAUAUUUAAAAAUGCCCGAAAGAGGUCAUCGCACUUGGUUCCAGCUUGUGUUUUCUUUUGUGCAACUUAACGUAAACCCGUUCGCUGACUGUAGCUCUCAUAAUACACAUAAGCAAGCACAACAGGAAGAAAAUAAUAAGAGUUAUGAAACAAAACACUAUCACUAUUUAAUCUAAUGCAAACACAUCUCAUCAGAAUCACCUUACCAAAACUCUGCUGUGAGAAUCUAGAUAAACAAGAAAUGGAAGUUCUCUGCUAAAUAAAAAAAAAUGAAAUAAUUAAGCAAGAGGAUAAUUGUAUCGGAAUUUAUUCACGCCUUGGCCUUGCAGUUAUAAUUGAAUAAUAGAGAAGAAUUACUUGACAGUCGAACCAUACAAGGAAGAAUCGCAUUUACUAAUUAUCAUAUUGCCGCUGGACAGCAAGCCACCUCAGCUACACUGCAAUAGAGGUAUUCAGAAUAAGAAAAAGGGAACGUCACAGCUUUUUGUAUUGAUAUCACACACAAAAUACACACUCGUAUGUGGAAUAAGCGAUAAGAUAGCUUAACAAACAGUAACGCGAUGUAACGCUAACCAAAGAGGAUGAUAAAGACGAAGCAGACAGGACAAAUUGAAAACAUGAGGAAAGCAAAUGUUGAAAAUGAAAUAUAUUUUUUGAAAUUGUUUAACAAUAAGCUUAACUUAGCUAAACACGAGAGGAUGCGGUGAGUCUUGAUUAUGGUAUAAAAUGAAGCAUUUGGAGAAAAUUUGGAAACACUGAAAUCUCAAACACCUGAACGAUUUGUCCAUCAUUUAUUGACUUACUAAUAUUCUUACAAAAGGAAGUAUAAGGUGUGCCGGCUCAUUGGCAUUGGUUUGGAAAGUGUACGUAUCAUUGCCGUAUGGAGAGGAUAAUUGGCAACAGAGGUUCUAAUCUAGAAAGCAGCUGCUUAGUGGCACCCGUGUUAACCAGUUCUGAUCUUUAAGUAUUAAACAGACUCAUUCGCUGUACUCGGUAUUCUCUAUCCAGAGGUCACAGAGACUUCAUUAUAUUUGUACCGGUUCCUUAUUUUCCUACUAGCGUGGACGAACAAAAAUAAAUAGCUGAGAUGUAGACUUGCAAAGAGCUAACAGUGCAAGUAGAGUCCGUGUGAAUAUUGUCUUUAUGCCGUUACAAGAUGAACAGCUUUUUUAUAUAUAGUUUAUACAUAUAUGUACAUGUAGAUAGGUUUUGCUGAAUCCGGAUAGUAAACACAAAUGAGAUUGGGCCGUCCCUUGACAAAAAAUAGAGCAACAAAAAUAUAAGAGCCAUCUUUUUCUUAUUGUAGGAAUCGAGCUAGAAUCAAAAGAAGAGGUAUUAUUUCCACCCAAACACUGCUGAAUUUCCGUAUAGUAUACAAUUCUUGCUUCGACGUAAACAUAUCACCAUGUUCCGUUCCGAGUCUGAUUUGUUCUUCGAAGCUGAUUUAACCUACUGAUAAUUUGAGCACAUCAGUUUGCCAACAGGAUAAAGCGUAAUACCGUGAAUUGAGAAAAAAGCUGUCUAGAAGCGAAACAAUAAAUCCCACUAGCUUUGCCUAACCAUAAACCAAAUAUACAUGACUGUUGUUCGUGCUUACAUAUAUCGCUGACAAAUUGACGCUUGACUUUCAUUUCCACGCAUACAUGUGAUCGUAAAAGUGUACCUUUUUUCGGUCAUCCAUUUACCGUCUAAAUGUCCUACCCUUAAGUGUUUUGAUUUAUUCUGGAAUAAGAUAAGGAAGUAAAUAAAACAAAAUUGAACAAGGCAGUGAAAAGCUAAAACAAUCGGAACAAAAAGUUUACGCAAGCUUAAGACGAAAGAAAUGAUACUUUUGUAAUUGAAAUUAUUAAUAACAAAAAAAAAAUGUCAUAAGUAAUUAUUAACAAACAUGCAAAAGUCGUCCCUCACUUAGGAGAAAAAGAAAAUCAAUACAAAAAUCCCUAACAAAAAAUGCACUUUUUAUGCGCCACUCACCCGCCCGCCAUAGGAUCAAUGAAAAAACAAAAAUAAUACUCUAAAAAUAGUCUAUGAAAGUCAUAGUUUAUCAAUUAUUUAACCGGUAACGAAAAAAAAAGGAAAAACAGAAACAAAAUAAACGUAAACAAAUAAACCUAGUCUGCUAAAUUAAAACAAACAAAAUAUUUACAAGUACCCUUGAGAUUCGUUAGGAAGAAGAUGAUUGGAAGAAACAAAAAAAAAAAUACAUGGUUAAACUGCAGCAAAACAUCUAUAACUGUGUCUGAAUUUAGGAUCGACAACAUAAAACCAAAACAAGGGUCGAGAAACGACAACAACAACAACAACCGCUAAAUAUAUUGCAGUUGGUGGUGGUACCGUAAGCUAUGUGUAGACAAGGUAUAAUGGAAAUGGAUCACGCAAAAUAGUUGCAAGCGAAGGUCACAUACAUGAUUGUGAACACGGAAGGACGUAGGAAACAAACUUGCUGGCAUGGAAAAGAAAGAAACAAUGAAAAACAAGAACAACUCUAAUGUAAUUAUGGCUAAACAAACUAAACAACACCUAUAAUGGGAAAUGUAUAUUUAUUCUAACAAAGAAAAACAAAUAUAUAA